AUGUACAAUUUUGUGGACGCUGUUUUAACAAAGGUGACUACAACCUAUGGUAUUGAUAGUUUCACUCUGCGAUAUGCAAUUUGCUUGUUAGGUUCCUUCCCACUGAAUGCUAUUCUGAAAAGAAUCCCUGAGAAGCGUACAAAUUUAAAAUGUUAUUUUAUCAUUUCUAUGUCAUUGUUUUACUUAUUCGGAGUUCUUAAUCUAAUAAGUGGGUUUAGAACCUUGUUGAUUAGUACCAUGUUUACUUACUUAAUCUCAAGGUUCUACCGUUCCAAAUUUAUGCCACAUGUGAACUUCAUAUUUGUCAUGGGCCAUUUGGCAAUAAAUCAUAUAUAUGCCCAAUUCCUCAACGAGCAGACUCAAACUACUGUUGAUAUUACAAGUUCCCAAAUGGUUUUAGCCAUGAAGCUGACUUCCUUUGCUUGGUCCUACUAUGAUGGUUCAUGCACUAGCGAGAAUGAUUUCAAAGAUUUGACUGAACAUCAAAAAUCUCGUGCUGUAAGAGGCCAUCCACCUUUAUUAAAGUUCCUUGCGUAUGCCUUUUUUUACUCAACGCUAUUAACUGGCCCAAGUUUUGAUUAUGCCGAUUUCGACAGCUGGUUGAAUUGUGAAAUGUUCCGUGAUUUGCCUGAAAGCAAAAAGCCUAUGAGAAGGUAUCACCCUGGUAAAAGGAGACAGAUCCCAAAUAAUGGUAAACUUGCAUCAUGGAAAGUGAUUCAAGGUCUUGCUUGGAUGAUUUUGAGCGCAAUUGGGAUGAAGCACUUCCCUGUUAAAUAUGUUCUGGACAGGAAUGCCUUUCCACAGAGAUCUUUUAUAUUCAGAAUUCAUUACUUAUUCUUGUUGGGCUUUAUUCACAGGUUUAAGUAUUAUGCUGCAUGGACUAUCUCAGAGGCAUCUUGUAUAUUGUGUGGUUUGGGCUACAAUGGUUAUGAUCCAAAAACACAAAAGAUCAGGUGGGAUCGAGUUAGAAAUAUUGACAUCUGGACUGUAGAAACCGCGCAAAAUACACGUGAAAUGUUAGAAGCUUGGAACAUGAACACCAACAAGUGGUUAAAAUACUCUGUCUAUUUGCGUGUUACUAAAAAGGGCAAGAAGCCUGGUUUUCGUUCGACUUUGUUUACUUUCUUAACUUCCGCAUUUUGGCAUGGUACCAGACCAGGUUACUAUCUGACUUUUGCUACAGGAGCGUUGUACCAAACUUGUGGUAAGAUUUACAGACGUAAUUUCAGACCUAUUUUCUUACGGGAAGAUGGUGUCACACCUUUGCCUUCCAAAAUAAUUUAUGAUUUUAUUGGUAUAUAUGCAAUUAAACUAGCAUUUGGUUAUAUGGUGCAACCAUUCAUUAUCCUUGAUUUAAAGCCAUCUUUAAUGGUUUGGGGGUCGGUUUACUUUUAUGUUCAUAUCAUUGUUGCUUUGUCAUUCUUCCUAUUUAGAGGACCAUAUGCUAAACAAGUUACCGGAUUCUUUAAAUCGAAACAGCCCAAAGAAAUAUUCAUGAGAAAACAAAAGAAAUUAGAAAAUGAUAUUUCUGCAAGCUCUCCAAACUUGGGUGAUAUUUUGAAGGCAAAGAUGGAACAUGAAAAGGGAAAGACUGCUGAAGAAGAUGAAAUGAACUUGGGUAUCCCACCCAUUGAGUUAGAAAAAUGGGACAAUGCUAAAAAAGACUGGGAAGAUUUUUGUAAUGAUUAUAAAGAGUGGAGGAAUAAAAACGGUCUUGAAAUAGAAGAGGUAAACCUUUCAAAAGCAUUUGAUAGGUUCAAACAGGAAUUUUCGGACGCUACAAGUGGAUCAGGUGAGCGGGUGAGGAAAAUGAGUUUUAGUGGAUAUUCGCCAAAACCCAUUUCAAAGAAAGAACAAUAG